AGUCAGGCUAACUUCAAUGGCGGAUAUGUCAUUAGCCGUUUGUGUUUUGUUAUUGGAACCGUCGUCUCGGAAAUAAAAUGGCUCUUAUUCAGUUAAAGCGAUAAGACGUUUUUUUAGUCCCUUUCACCCAGUCGAGAUUGAGAACGGAGUGAAAUGCUAUGGAAUCUCUGCCCCGUGACCCAUAUGAGAGACAACUUUUGGAAGUGUUCAAAAGCUGCGACUGUGAUGGGAAAGGCCUGCUGGACAACGACGGGCUUUCCAAGCUGUGCGAGUUGCUCCACCUCGAAGACGGCAGGGAGGAGCUCAUGUCAUAUCUUCUACCCAACGGGAUUCCUUCCGCACCUUCUGUGACAUUCAACAAGUUCAGGGAUGCACUUUUGACCCUUCUUGGAGGUGUGAGGGAACAUGAAAACAGGUCUCCUUCACCGGUGCGAGAAGUAUCACCAAAAUACGUUUAUGGGGAAAAGAAAUACGGGAGGAGAUCACGUCCAGAGAGUAUAGAGCAGUUGGAUAUCAAUGAAAUGAAUGAUAAUUCUAACAGGAGCAAAGAUAUCCUAAAUUCUCUGCACUCUACUAGUCUCAAUAAUAUAACGCUGUGUUCAAGUGCUGAUUUAAUAACAGUUAAUGGAAAUUCUGAUGACUUACAAGAACUGGAACACCAGUCUGUAAAAAACAUGUUAAUUAACAAAGAAUGUGAAGUGAGCGGUGAAAGUGAGUUGAGGAAUGCUUGGGAAAGAUUAGGUGUCGGAAGAGAAGGAUAUUUACACCCAAAUGAAUUAGCUAUGAUUUGUUCUGCUGUUGGAAUGGAUACAAUGGCUGACCAGGUGGUGACACAAGUGUUUUCCACACUGCAGACAGACGAUGAAGGAAGAAUUUUAUUUGAAGAGUUUCUUGAACUGUUUCAUUCCAAAAGUGACGCUACGCUGCAAAGCCUCGAUGCAAAUCGAACACAGUUUUCAAAAUCACCCACAAUGGAUGUUAAUGAAAUCAGUGUGUCUGGAACUGCAAGAUUAUUUCAAGAACUGAAUAAUGCAAGGACACAACUUGAAGCGGUGACAGCAGAACGAGACAAGCUUAAGGCAGAUCUUGCAGAUGCCAAUCACAGAGCCACAAUAUUGGCCCAGGAAAUAGAUGAACACCAUGCAAGAAUUGAGAAAGCAUCACGGAACAAAAUUGAGCUUUUGGAACAAAAACAACAAGAAGAUAUUAAACAGCUAAAAUACCAAAUAUCAUUAGAAAAAGAUCAACUUUUGCAAACCAACCAAAGAUUAGAAAAAUCAUUAACAGAACACAUAGAACAAUUGAAUAACAUUUCAUCAGAACUGUCUGCUCUAAAAAUGGAAUGUGAACAUUUAGAAAAAGAAAACAGGAAUUUAAAUAGCAAAUUGUUUGAGAGUGAAACUCUCAAAAAGGAUUUUCAGGAACAAUUGGAGUGCAUGUCUUCCUUACAUCAAAGGGUCUAUGAACUGGAAUCUUUACAGGAGCAAUCAUCGGGUAUUGUAGAGAAAAUCAACAACUUAGAAGUGGAAAACAAAGAGUUGAGGGACAAAAAUGACGAAUUAACCAUCCAGUUGGAAAAUUUUCUCACUACAAACUUACAGAAGAAGGAACCACAUUUGGAUUGUAGCAGUGGGACAAAAAGAAGAGUUAAAUCGCCUGAAUUGUACACAGCAACCAGAAUGGGAAAAGUAAGACGUUGUUGCACAGAAACGGAUCUUACUGCAGCAAACAUAAUACAAAAUGCAGGUUUCCCCACAUCCACAUUAAAUCAAAAAGAUUUGGAUCUGGAGGAUGAAUCAUUUCCUCUUUCAUGUGAACAGACACAGGUGGAUGAUGAUAAAGAAAAGAUGAAAGCAUAUAUUGCUGUAUUAGAGGCAAAAAUUCAACUGCUUCAACAGAAGGAGUGGUUAUGUAAAUCCAAUUCAAGAGAUGGAGAUUCAAUUAACACUUUAUUAUCGGCAAACUCCACCCAGAUGACGUACACAAGCUGUGAGAAUUCUUAUGAUGCAAUGUUACCUGUGAAUUGUGAAAAUUCCCUGGGACGACUCAAUGCCCAUGUCGACACAGGUGUUCAAACCGAAUCCCCUUUGGGCUACCUUGAGAAACACUGCCAUGAACUUGAAAAUGAACUUGAAAGAGUGAGAGACAAAAUAAUAAAAAUUCUUUCGGAGAGAAGAGCGUGCUCUGAGGAGAAUUGUGUUUUAAAGCAGACCUUGCAGACAUUGAUGAAGAACAACCUCAAACCAGAAGACUGUGAUAACAACAUUUUGAAAGCUUCUUUAAAACUCCUGCCGAACCAGCCUAAAGACAUGUUCAUUAAUAAUUGUAACAUCGAAGAGGGUUCAGAGUGCCUUACAAUUGCCUUAACCCCAACUUCAGAGAAAGAAAACAGGGACGUGGAGUGCCUUAAAUGUAAAAAUAGUAAUAAUUCGGAAUUUGUCAACACACUUAAAGAGGAGAAUAAAAGACUUACACAGAUGUGCCAAGAAUUAGAAAACAGUCUUCAGUUAAUGAAAGAUGAAUAUGAAGAGACUGAAGAUUACUGGCAGAAAAAACUGGAAGAAGAAAGGAAACUUUACGAAAAAGAUCAAAGACAAAGUGAUGAAAAAUUCGCUGAUCUUGAGACCAAAAUUCAAGAAUAUGCAGAACUGUUAGCUUCUGAACAAUUCAAAAAACCGACUUUACCACCUAUUGAAGAAAAUGAGUUCCUAGAAAAACAAUUUACAGACUUGGAAGAAGAAUAUAAAUGUUAUAAAAGUGAAACAGAAGAACAGUUGAUUUUUAAGGAUGAAAAAAUCCAAAAACUGGAACUCGCAUUGGAAAAUGUCUGUAGAUUGCAACAAUCUGUAAGAGAUGAAAGUGUACAAACUAAUUUUGGUGAGCUGUCAAAACAUGGGUCAAAAAUCAGGCAAUCUUCUAGUGCACCGAAGUGGUCACAAACUGAACUCUGUUGGUGUGCAAGAGGCAAAGCAAAAGAAAGACUUAGAUCAGAAAUAGAAGAUCUUUGUCAUAGAAAGAGAAUGUUAUUGAAUCAAAUAGCAAGUCUCCAAGCAAAUUCACAGCUUGCCAGCCCUAGGAUGGACAACAUGCAGAUAUUUCAUUCACUAUCAAACCGAUUGAGGCAGCAGGAAAUGAGAUGCACUGACCUACAGUCUGCUCUUAAACAACAGCAGAAACAGACGGAAGAAAUUUUACAACGUGCUUGGGAAAGACAUAAAUUGGAUCUGACCACAAUUCAAAACUCACUUGUAGUCACUCAAGAAAAGCUUCAGCAACAAAAGAGAAAUACGAGACAGCAGCUUGAGAAGUUAAAUGCUGCAGAUGCACUUGUGAAGGAUUUGUGUUCUGAAAAUAGGAAUUUAGUCCAAAUGCUAAUGAGCUUAGAACACAAGUAUCAAUCAUUGUCACACUCAGCUCUGCCUAAUUCACUGUAAAACAUUCCGUCCUCUAUUUUAGAUUAAAGCUAUGAGAUCAUUGAAACAUAUCACCUGAUCGUUACUGGAAUUAGAAACGAUUGCUUCAAGCAAAAGAUCUGCAUGUGCCUGUUUCCUCCAUGAGUACAGGAAGAUGACAAUGUCUGUAAGCAGUACUAGAUUUAAGCUUAUUUCCUUAUUUUAUUUAUUGUUUGUGUAUUUACGUAUAAGAUUAGAUUUGGCUAGAUGUGUUUUGUUUUUGUACAAAUAAUUCUCAAACUGUUACAGUGAAAUAGCCAUUUAGAUAUGUUAUUCUGUGUUGUUAAUAUUAAUUUUUAUUGUUAUGUUUUAUUUGUAAAAUUUUCUAGAUGUUAUAAUAAUGUACAUAAUUAGAUAAGUAAAUCAACAUACGAUUAGUCUUUUUUUCUGUUUAAGUACCUUUGAUAUUUGAAGGUUACUCAGAAAUGAUGCCUUAAUAAAAUCAUAUUUACCUUAUAAAUUAAUUAUAUUUUUAAUAGACAUAAAUUUUUGAAUUGCCUAAAUGCUCAAAGUGAUGCCAUCAAGAGUGAUAAUUAUUAUUUCUACACAGAAAUUUUGGAUUUUUAAACAAUAUUGCCUAAGUUAAACCAAAGAAAACUUUUUAAACCUGUUUCAAGGAUGGUCUUACUUAAUUUUAAAAUAAUCAUACUGUUUAAGGGCCCAAAGUGUUUUGUAAAAUAUUCAUUGUAUUCUUUUUAAAAUAAUUUAAUUGAAAAAAUGAUAUUCUUAACAAAUAAAGGUUAUCUAAGUAAUGUAUAAGCAAUAGAACUUAGAACAUACAAAUAUAUAUUUGGAUUCUAAUAGCAAGUGCCUCAACACAUAGUUAUAAUCUGAUAAGUACCAAAGAAAUAAUAAAUGUUAUUGUCAUUGUUGAUGA